AUGUCCGAGUCCAUGUCAACAGCAGCGACCCACGUCUUUGAGGACAUUGAGGUAGAGGCCGCGGCCGAAGCCGGUCCUUCAUCCAUGGGCGACGCCGCUGCGUCGCUGUCUCUCGAAGCUGCGUUCGACAUUGAGACCACGGCCCAGAUCAUCCUGGAGGGAGGCUACAAGACUUUCCCCGACGAGCUCUUGCCGUCCUCCCCGGCCGUGUACCGUGCCCUCCAGGAGCGCGUCGGCAAGACCGGCGCCCAGAGCUACGUCCUCGCCGACAGCACGUACGGCUCAUGCUGUCCCGACGUCCUCUCGUGCCUCCACUUGCCGGCUGACUUGCUCGUGCACUAUGGCCAUGCGUGCUUGACUCCCACGGACGCUCUGCCUGUGCACUACGUCUUCCCGCGUCGUAGUCUCGAUCCCACUGUCGCUCUCGCUUCGUUGACAGAAGCGGCUGGCGACGACUUGAACGACAAGAAGGGCAUCGCGCUGGUCUGGGACGUGGCGUACGACUGGCUUGCGGACGAGAUUAUCACGGCGUUCAACAAGGCUUCUCUGCCCGUUCAGGCGGCACGGAUCGUGCGACCGAGCGCGAACCGUGCUGCUCCAGUCGUUGAGGAGGCACCCGUUGCUCCUGCUCCUGCUGCAGCUGCGUCUUGUGCGGACAAGGAGGGUGGCUGCUGCAGCUCCACCCCGGCCACGUCCUGCGGUGACGCGAACGGUGGCUGCUCCAGCGGCGCCUGUACGCCAGCACCGGCCCUCCGUCCCAUCUCGGGAUCCAAGGCGGCACCCGCGCUGCGUGCCGUCCUCCCCCCGCCCGGCGUCGACAUUGCCGACUGUGCGAUCUGGUACCUCGGUCCCGACGGCCGCUCGCUGCUCAACCUCCAGAUGACACACGCCAACCACACUGUCGUCGCGUACUCUCCCGACGAGGGUGCGCGCCAGGUUCUCGGGAGCAGCAGGCUGCUCUCGCGCCGCCUGUUUGCCCUGCACCAGGCCAUGAACGCCGAUGUGUUUGGUCUUGUGGUUGGCAAUGUCGGUCUGGCGAGCUCGAGGCCGCUCGUCACCGAGCUGAGGGGUGCGCUGAGCCGUGCGGGCAAGAAGAGCUACACCCUCAGUGUGGGACGGUUGAAUCCCGCCAAGUUGGCCAACUUUGCCGAGAUUGAGUGUUUCGUCCUUAUUGGAUGUGCCGAGGGUGGUGUUGUCGACUCCAAGGACUUCCUCCGCCCCAUCAUCACCCCCUACGAGCUCACGCUUGCCCUCCAGGGCUCCGAGCACGUUUGGGACCCGUCCAAGUGGACGCUCGACCUCGGCUCGGUCCUCGCCGCUGCAAAGGAGGAGAACCUGCCAGCCAAGGACGCCGACGCCAGCGAGGACGAGCUCGAGUUCAGUCUCGUCACGGGCACGUACCGUUCGCGCAAGACGUUCACCGACACGUCCGCCACGCCCGUGGCCGCCAUCGCAGGCGUCACCGACGGCGUCACCGACUUGACGCUCCGCGACAAGGACUUUACCCUCGCAAAGCUCGAAAGCGCCGGCAGCGUGUACCUCCAGUCGCGCCACUUCCAGGGUCUGGACCCGAGGUAUGGCCAGGACGAGCCCAGCGUCCUCGAGCAGGGCCGGUCGGGUAUUGCUCGCGGGUACACAGAGGAGAAGGACGACAGCAAGGCGCAGUAG